AACAGAGUCUAAGGGAAGAGAUAGAGAGAGAGAGAGAGAGAGACGGAAUGAAAGUAUGAAACCCAAAAGCCAGGGAACUCCAAAAACCCCAUCCAAGAAAUCAGGGCAAACACAAUCGGUUAGUCUAUAUGCUGCACAAUGUGAAAAUUGCUUUAAAUGGAGGCUGAUUGAUACACAAGAAGAGUUUGAAGAGAUUAGAAGUAAAUUGAUUGAGGAACCGUUUUAUUGCAACAGAAAACCUGAUGUUUCGUGUGAGGAUCCUGCUGAUAUUGAGUAUGAUGCCACUCGAACUUGGGUCAUUGACAAGCCUAACAUCCCGAAGACCCCAGCAGGUUUUAAGAGAAAAUUGGUGCUGAGAAAAGAUUUCUCUAAAUUGGAUUCUUACUGUACUACACCCACAGGGAAAACAUACCGAACCCGCAACGAGAUUGCAAUGUUUAUUAAAAAAUAUCCAGAGUACAAAGAUGUGUCUCCUUCAGAUUUCGAUUUUGGUACCCCAAAGGUGAUGGAAGACACCAUUCCUGAGUAUGUUUGGAGAAAGCCUUCUCCAAAUGGUAGUAGUAAGAAAAGAGUUAGAACACCAGAUGAUGAUGUUUGAGUUGUUAUCACUAGUAACUGCGGGCCAGACAUUUUCUGGAGCAUCCCUUCCCAAAAGCCUCUGUAUUUGAGAUUAAUCUGGUGACGAUUCUUUUUAGCUUUAAGCAUGUAGUUUGUUGGCGCAUGCCAAUUAAUAUGAUGUGUGGUGCAAUUAGAGAAGAAAUAUAUACCUUGAAGUUGUAGCAUGUAUCUUGCAAGAUUAAUCUGGUGAGGAUGUUGUUGGGUUAAAAUUGGCUUUAUGCAUGUAAUUUGUUGGAUAAAUGCCUAUUUAUAUGAUGUAGUAUGAAUUCCUAGACAA